AUGUUGGAGAACGAGGGCGAAAACGAGGAGGAAACCAGGCUGAGAACUGCGGUUGACGCAAUCUAUCAACCAGCUUCUGCCUUUUUGGUGAUGCUGGAGACCGACGAAUCCCCGCGAUGUGGCGCAGUUCUCAAACUUGCGAUGCUGGCGACGAAUCCCCGCGAUGCUGGAGAAGGCGGCUGGAGUCUGGAGAGGAGGGAUGAAGGCUGCUGCAAACUUGCGAUGGUCGACUGA